AUGCAGGAACCACGGGCGCGGGGACCCCUAGUCGACGUGUCUCUGGUGGCGGAAGUCUUCAUCUCCCAGAUCACAGCUGCAGAACCUUGGCCUGAAAAUGCUACAUUAUAUCAGCAACUAAAAGGGGAGGAUAUUUUGCUUUCUGACAAUGCAGCUUCUCUUGCUGUGCAGACCUUUUUGCAAAUGUGUGAUCUGCCUAUCAAAGUGGUUUGUAGGGCAAAUCCAGAAUAUAUGUCUCCAUCUGGUAAAGUACCUUUUAUUCAUGUAGGAAAUCAAGUAGUAUCAGAACUUGGUCCAAUAGUCCAAUUCGUUAGAGCCAAGGGCCAUUCUCCUAGUGAUGGGCUGGAUGAAGUUCAAAAAGCAGAAAUGAAAGCCUGCAUGGAAUUAGUCAGGAAUAUGCUCUUGGCUGCAGAGUUGUAUCUUCAGUGGUGUGAUGAAGCUACAGUAGGGAAGAUCACUCAUGCUAGGUAUGGAUCACCUUACCCUUGGCCUCUGGAUCAUAUUUUGGCCUAUCAGAAACAGUCGGAAGUCAAGCAAAAGAUGAAAGCUAUUGGAUGGGGUAACAAGACUCUGGACCAGGUCUUGGAAGAUGUAGACCAGUGCUGUCAAGCUCUUUCUCAAAGACCAGGAACACAACUUUAUUUCUUCAAUAAGCAGCCUAGCAAACUAGAUGCACUGGUAUUAGGGCAUCUGUACACCAUUCUUACCACACAGCUGACCAAUGGUGAACUUUCUGAGAAGGGGAAAAACUAUAGCAACCUCCUUGCUUUCUGUAGAAUAAUUGAGCAGCAUUAUUCUGAAGAUCAUGAUAAAGGCAACUCACCUAUCGGGUUGUCUUAG